AUGAAACGAAUUAUUCAAUCCUUCAGCUAUGUCGAGGACCUUGCGCUGGUCCCCCGCAGAACAUAUGUUUCGAUUGCGGCCUACACCACGUACCCCGACUCUCACGGUAAGCUACAUAUCACUGGUCCCAACUGGGAGGUUCCCGUCGAUUUUGACCCUGGUUUCUUCACCAAUCCGCAUGAUGUCGACCUCAAGAAGCAGGUGUGGGCAUACAAGAAAAGAUCGCGCAAUCAAGCGACGCCGUCAGGUGUACCGUGGAGAACUCGUGAUUGGUUACCCCUAGUUUUUGGCACACUCUCCGGCUCUCAACGUCUCCUGCGUGCAGGGCAUAAAAGUGGCAAAUCUGUCUAUUGUUCAUGGGAAUGUUGGGGCUAUUACCGAGAACACAGCACUGCUGGUAGGCGAGAAGGCAGUGAGCAUCAUUCUGGGAGAAACUUGGAUUUGUGGGGAGAAGGUGAUCCCGAGACUGAACACAACUAA